ACCGCCGGUUUCCAUUUCUCCUUCAUCAUGUUGAUGGUAAUGAAAAUUUCCCUCGCAAGAAAUGUACACUCACGAGUGUGACAGAAAGAUUCAAUAAUGAAUGCGAGAAUCGUUGGCUUUCCGCACGAUGGUCUUUUCUUCAGCCUAACUAAUAUACGUAGCUUAGAUAAUAUUAACACAUGCUGACGUCUUGUUGGCAAUGCUACGAGUAAUACAGCAUGCAUUUAGUAAUUUCAUAUAAUGACGUCAAACUUGUCCUAGUAUCAAGUUGUUAGACCCUUACGUUGCUUCACUCUGAGUGACAAACGGGUGGCCGCUCCCAGCCUUAUAAGUCGAGGUGGUAUUGUGCCCUGGCGCUGGCGGCUCCAGGGCGCCAGGAUGACUCACUCCCGGAGUCCUGCAGGAACAACCCGUUGCUAUCGGAAGCGGGACCCAUGGAAAGUAAAGGAAAGUGAUGAUUGAUCCUCCGCCUCCCUUUAGUGUGACUAUAGCAGAUCAUUCACUUGUGUUGAGUGCCACAUCAGGGUGAGGAGCAAACAUUCAUCGCAGAGGAGAAAGAUGGCGACCUAGAGAGGGUCGUCAGGUUUUGCUGUAACAAACGACCUUCGUGGGUGCCGCCACGUUUGGUAGUGAGCCUUGGCGCCACUCGGCCUAUCUAGUGGCGAGGGGGACGCAGGUGACUCGGGAUUCCCAGGCCAGGACAUGGCUGCAGCAUCCCCCUAGGUUGUGGGUCCUGGGUCCGGGGAGGCUGGCGGCCAUAAGUGGCACCACCGAUGGGUCGCGGCGUCAGACGGCCCCGCCCCCAAGGUUUAAGUCACGGCCCCCGCAUCUUCACCUUGCGUAAAUAGCCGGUGACAGCGAGGAGGUGUGCAUACUUGCUUCAUCUGCCGCCACGGGCACAUUCAGGUGCUUCAGCUUCGUCAGGAUCAUGGAAAGGAGGAUGGCAGUGUUAGCUAAUUUGAUGGUGGUGGUGAUCGCCGUCGUGGGCGUCACGUCCCUCCCGUCCUUGCCAUUGCCCUCCUCACCCACACUGGCACAAGACUCUGAAGUGUCCCCGUCACAACUUCUGAAGGCGUUUGGUCUAUCGGAACCCGGUGUGCGUCACUGGCACUCAGAGCCGCCCCAGUACAUGCUGGAUCUCUACAACGAAGUGGCAGAUGCCAACGGUCUGACGAGGGUUCCCGGCCCUUACGGCGCCACCAUCGUCAGGUCUUUCUCAGAAAAAGAUGAAGGAAAAGAAGAAAUCUUUUCCUUCUCUCUCCCGGGCUUAAAGGACGAUGAAGAAGUACUGGAGGUGGAAUUCCAUGUCUAUCAUUCGCGCUUACCGAGAGAGCAGCGACACCUCCUGGAUCACAACACAUACAUGCUGGAGGUGCGAUGGCUGGGAUCAGAGGAGCAGCCGGUGGUGGGACGGCAGCACAUCGCGGCGCACAGCAGCGGAUGGCGGGUGUUCAAGCUCGGGAACUGCGUGGUGGCGGGCCAGGGGGGGCCGGUGCAGGAUGUCACCCGUAUCAACUUGCAGGUAACGGCUGUGACAUCAGAAGGGCGCCCUCUAUCUCUCAUGUUCCAUCAUGAACCCCGCGGCGCCAGGCGGCCUCUGCUGGUCCUCUUCAACACCCAUGCCGCUAAUGCUACCGCCGAUCCGCCACCACUACCCGCAGGUAAAAACAGAACGAUCUCAUAA